AUGUCAGAGGUCCAGGUUCAAGAGCUGCUAGAAAAGGCAUCAGACUCCAGAAUACUGUCGUCUUGUCCAGAGAUUAAGUGGCAUUUUAUCGGCCAUCUGCAGAAAAACAAUGUCAACAAGUUGAUCGCGGUCCCUAACCUGUUCAUGUUGGAAACAGUGGAUUCUGUGAAACUGGCAGACAGAGUCAACAGCUCGUGGCAGAAGAAAGGAUUAACUCAGAAACUAAAAGUCAUGGUGCAAGUUAACACUAGCGGAGAAGACAGUAAGCAUGGCCUACCUCCUGGAGACACCGUAACAGCUGUGGAGCAUGUCAUCAACAAGUGUCCAAGCCUGGAAUUUGUGGGGCUGAUGACAAUUGGCAGCAUUGGGCAUGACCUUAGUAAGGGGCCAAAUCCUGACUUCCAGAUGCUGCUGUCUUUGCGGCAAGAAGUGUGUGAAAAGCUGAACCUCCCCAUUGAGAAGGUGGAGCUGAGUAUGGGCAUGUCCACAGACUUCCAGCAUGCAAUAGAGGUUGGAUCCACAAACGUCAGGAUUGGAAGCACAAUUUUUGGAGAGCGGGAUUAUUCCAACAAAGCAGAUGGUGGCAAGGCCCUUGCUGAAACUGAAGGUAAAAUGGAGGCCUUGACAAUGCAGGGUCAUUAAACGGGAAAAAAGUGGCCUCGACAGAGGACAGAUGAUGGGAGACCCGACUAUGCAUUCUUACCUCCCUCCAUGUCGGCACCCGAUCAUGAUGGUGAGAGGAAAUUCCUCAUAAUAAAACAGAGGCCAGAAAUGCCUCGUGAUGUAUUGUGAUUAUAGAGUACCCAUAGAAACUGGAAUUUUUAUAACCAGCAAACGGUAAGAAAAAUUGUAGUUGAAAGUGACUAGUAUCUUAGCUACUCCAGGCUCAUUAAGAACAAUUAUUUUUGGAAAACUAAGGUGAAAAAAUAAUUAUUUAUAAGAAUGGAGUUGCUAAUGAGCAAGAUGUAUCCACAGCAGUGUCAGUGAUUGUUUUCACUGAGGAGUAAAUUCUUCAUUAACAAGUUUUAAUCUUGCCAGAGACCUAUAAAUGUUUCCUUUCCUCAAGUGAAAGUUUGGCACAUGAUCACAACUGAGCAGUGCUUAAAUAGAAGCUACACGACAGAGACACCCUGUAACACUUACUGGCACUGAGUGGUACUGAAGAGACUAUAUAUGUUUAAACUGAGGAUGAAUAACAAGCACAUGAGGAUGGAUAAAGAACAGUUGCCAGUGUGAGUUCAUGGCGUAACGUUUUGGAUGCAGUUUGCAAGUGUGGGAGUGUCUUUUCAGCUGAAGUUUGUUCUUUUCAGACUGACACUGCUAACUUUUACUGUUGGUGACAUGUCUCCUCAUAUCUUCUGGGAUGCUUUCAACAUUUCCCAUUCCCUCUUGUGAAGCGCUGUUGGGAGUUAUUUUCAUCCUGUGUAGUCCACUAGUUCUUGAUGCUGUAAGUUCUUUUUGGUCAGAGCGGGGCUGUUCUUCAAGGCUCCUUGGUCUACCUUUGGCUUGCUGUUUUUUUUCCCAAGCAAGUCGCUUAACCAUUUGGUGCCUCUGCUACCCCAUCUACAUCUGUAUGAGGAUAAUAAUACUCGCUUGUCUCACAGGAGAGCAGUGAGGUUUGCUUGUUUGCUAGAGGCCCUUAGGAGAAAAGUCAUUCAGAAAGUAAAGUAUUAUUACUCCACUGUGUUCUAGGUUCCUGAAAAAAUCCUUUCACCACCAACAGUUUCUAGACUAUGUCUUAAUACAUUUAAGUGCUGGUCUAGCUUUUUCUUUUCCUGAAAGAGGGCAACAGGACUCUUCCAUUGCAGUAGCUGUUUCAUUAAGAUGUGAGUGGAAGCUCCUGUAUUCUGUCAUGUGCUAUUUGGCUGAUGGUAGCCACAUCACAUCUCUUGUUACGUGCAUUACAACUAUGUGUUCUGGGCUCUUGUGUGUUGCUAAGAGGAGGAGACACUGGUUGCCAGCAGAAACACCCUUCCCUGGCUUCUCUGUAUGUGUGUGUGUGCGUGGUUAAACCUAGCUGUUGGUUUUACUUUCUGACUCUAAAUGCUGAAUGUAAAUAAAAAGAGUAAAUUCUAACACCAAGCUGUCAAAACUACAUGCUUUAAAAGGAACAUGAAGUCUGAGCUGCCCUUCUCAGAGCUGCACCAUGUGUUGUUUCAUAGUCUAUUAAUAAAAAGUAGUGAAUUUGAAUACCAUCUGUGCCAACCAUAAAGCUAUUAAAGAUGUUAUUUUUAUGUUCUAGCGUUGUGAAUAAACGGCCUGAGAGUUGUUGUCGAA